AUGGAGGUUCAUUGGAGAUAUUUGCUACAUGUCUGCAUUCUUAUCCAUCUGACAGCUUGGGUGACAGGUGCAAAAGGCAGGUGCAGUCUGUUUGGUCGGCAGCACAUCCACACGUUUGAUGGCGUUUUAUACGACUUUCCUGGAGACUGUAGUUACCUGUUGGCUGGAGACUGCACUCAACGCUCCUUCACACUGUUAGGUGAUUUUGUGAAUGGCAAACGUGUUGGCAUCACUCUGUUUCUUGGGGAGGCCUUCGAGCUGCACAUGUCUGUGGAUGGAAUUCUCUCACAGGGAGAAAAAAUCCUGUCAGUGCCGUAUGCGUCUCACUCUCUGUUUGUGGGCACCGAGCUGGGCUUCUACAAACUUUGGAGUGAAGAGUUUGGCUUUUCCGUGACUAUCGAUAAUGCCGCUAAUGUCGCAGUGACCCUGAGCGAGCAGCAUGUUAACCGUACCUGUGGUCUGUGUGGGAACUACAACGCCAUCACCGCAGACGAAUACACCGCUCAAGAAGGGUUUGUCACAGAGGACAGCUAUGAUUUUGCAAACUCAUGGGCAGCGAAGGGGGUGGGGCAGACAUGUCAGAGGGUCACCCCACCCACUCAGACCUGUAACAGCACCCAAAGGACCACGGAGAUCCUGUCCGGCUGCAGUGUGCUGGGGCAGUCGUCUGUGUUCCUCCACUGCGCUCAUGUGGUUCCUCCUGAGGGCUUUGUGGCUCUGUGUCAGCAGGAGGCCUGUCACUGUGAGGGGGCUCCAGAGGACUGCUCCUGCCCUGUCCUGCUCGAGUACGCGCGGACCUGCCACGCUCAUGGGGUAAUCCUGACCGGGUGGACUGCACAGAGCCAGUGCGUGCCCAAGUGUCCCAUUGGGAUGCAGUACAGUGAAUGCACCAAGUCCUGCUCCACCACCUGUCACAGUCUGAACAUCCAGGAGGUCUGCACAGAGGAGUGCUCCGAUGGCUGCACAUGUCCAGUGGGUAAAGUGUUGGAUGGGAAGCGCUGUGUGGAGGUGUCUCUGUGCUCCUGUGUGCACAUGGGUCGACACUUCCCUCCUGGAUCCACCAUCUCUCAAGACUGUAACACCUGUGUAUGUCGUCAUGGUUCCUGGGAGUGCACUAACGAAGGCUGUCCGGGGGAGUGUUUGGUCUUAGGCCAGUCUCACUUCAAAACGUUUGACGAUAAGUUCUUCACCUUUACCGGGCAGUGUCAUUUUCUCCUGGCCAAGGACUGUGCUGAGAAUGAAUUUUCAGUUAUUAUUGAGAACGUGCAGUGUGCUGAUGACCAGGAUGCUGUGUGCACACGUUCAGUGACACUCAGCCUGCCCUCUCUGGAGAAUAUGACCAUAAAGCUCAAACAUGGGGGAUUGGUCUCUGUUAACAGUAUGGACAUCCAGACCCCUAUGCAUCAUGGUCAUCUGCACAUCCAGAGGUUGGUCCAGUCAGCGGUGCAUGUCAGAUUCAGAGAGGAUUUUCAGAUGGAGUGGGAUGGGCGCGGUCGUCUUCGCUUAAAGCUGGGUCCGCGGUGGCAGGGGCACACUUGUGGCCUGUGUGGAAAUUACAAUGGUAACCAGGGUGAUGACUUCCUGUCCGGAUCUGGUCUGGUGGAAGGAGGGGCUCAGGCAUUUGGUCAGUCCUGGAGGAUCAAUGGAGACUGUGAGGCCAUCCACAGACAGGAGGGUGACCCGUGCUCCUCCAAUCCCAAGAGAGUGCGUUUUGCAGAGGAGGCGUGCUCAGUGAUUAUGUCAGAGGUCUUCUCUCCCUGCCACUUUCUGGUGAAUCCGGCUCCGUUUCAGCGCUUCUGUCGGUACGAUGUGUGCGCCUGCACUGAUGGAGAGGAGUGUUUCUGCUCUGCCCUGGCAGCCUAUGCCUCAACUUGCUCCGCCCGGGGAGUGCUGCUCAACUGGAGGUCCCCCUCACUAUGUGCCAUGCAGUGCUCUGGGGGUCAGUUGUAUGAGGCAUGUGGGAGGACGUGUGAGCGCACCUGCAGGUCUCUCUCGGGGGGAGAGUAUGGCUGUGGGGCGGAGUCAGUGUGUGAGGAGGGCUGCUUCUGCCCCCCGGGGAAGUACCUGACUGAGUCUGGACAGUGUGUGACCUCUGACCUCUGCCCCUGUCUGCACGAUGGACAGCUCUAUCAGCCCCAAGAUGUUUAUGCUGACCACCACGUCAUCUGUCACUGUGAGAAUGGAGCCAUGCACUGCAGUUCCACUGAGGAGGGGGCCAUGCUGUCAGACAUGUUUUUUGAUGAUGAUUUGGCCCCAUCCAGAGAGCGGCGAUCAGCCCAGUGUGCGCCCCCCCUGGUCAGAGCAGACUGUGGGGCUAGUGGAGGUACAGGUCUAGAAUGUGCCAGGACCUGUCAGAACAUGAAUCUCCCCUGUGUCAGCACGGCUUGUAUCCCUGGCUGUCUCUGUCCACUCGGCACUGUGCGCCAUCGAAGAGACUGCAUUGCACCAGAGGAAUGUCCCUGUUACCAUAACAACAGGCCUUAUGCAUCCGGACAGACCAUAACUAUGGAGUGCAACACCUGUGUAUGUCAGAAGGCAAAGUGGCAGUGCACAGACAAAGUGUGUGAUGGAGUGUGCCACACAGUUGGGGAGGGCCACUACAUCACCUUUGAUGGGCUCAAAUACUCCUUCCCCGGGUUCUGUCAGUAUGUGCUCGUACAGGACAUGUGCGGAGGUGAGGAGGGCUCCUUUAGAGUGCUGGUGGAGAAUGAAGCCUGUGGAAUAGUGGGACAUCGCUGUGCAAAAGCCAUAACCAUCUAUUUCCAGGGAGGAGUCAUCGUCAUGCAGAAUGGGGAGGUGAAAAUGAAGAAGCCAGUACUGCUCGACUCCCAGGUUCAGGUAGUUCGGUCGGGUCACUCCUACACUGUGCUCCUGGGAAAGCACAUCUUUCUCAGUUGGGACAGAGGAACUCACCUGCGCGUCCAUGUCUCCGCUGUGUACAGGGGAAAAGUGUGUGGCCUGUGUGGAAACUAUGAUGGAUACGUGAACAAUGACCUGAUGAGCAGUAACAAGCAGCUGGAGGUAGACGCACCGCACUUUGGCAACUCCUGGAAAGUGGUGCCCAGCUGUGCCGAUGUAACUCAGGUACCUGUCCCCUGCAAUGACAACAUGGUCAAGCUGGUCACAGUGGAACAGUCCUGCCGUGUCCUUACUGGCCCCAUCUUUAAAGAAUGCAAUAGUCAGAUUGAUGCAGAGCCCUAUGUGGAUAUGUGCAUAGAAGCGGCGUGCUCAUGUCCCUCUGUGGGAGACUGUGCUUGUUUCUGUGACGUGGUGGCAGCCUAUGCUCUGGCCUGCUCAGAACAAGGCCUGUCUGUCAGCUGGAGAUCCAAUCAGCUGUGUCCUUUGAGCUGUGAGGACCUGAACCCCAAGAGCGCUGACACAGGGGAGGAGUUAUGUCAGUGGAGGUACAAUGCCUGUGGUCCUGCCUGUCCGAUCAGCUGCCAGCAUCCAGAGCCCCUGCACUGCUCCCUCACCUGUGUGGAAGGAUGCCAUGUCCACUGUCCUCCAGGCCAGUUGUUGGAUGAAGUGCUGCUGCGCUGUGUGGAGCCCUCUCAAUGUCAGGUGUGUGUCCAUGACGGUCAAACUAUCUCCCAUGGGACCAAAAUACUCCUCAACCAGGAAGACCCAGACAAGUGCAAGAUAUGUGAUUGUGAAUCCAACACCCUGCACUGUGAGGACUGUGCCUCCUCCGUCUCUCUUACCACCCCUGCCCCCACGCACCCUUGGGUGACACAGAGCACCCUGCUCUACAGUACACUGAUGCCUGAAGGGAACUGUGACAGGGCCAUGGACCUGGCCUUCCUGCUGGACGGGUCAGAGGCCCUGAGUGAGGAGGAGUUCCAGGUGACCAAAGACUUCAUCCUGGGAGUGGUGGAACGCUUCCGGAUGGGCUCAGCGCACACCCGAGCUACUGUGCUGCUCUACCACUCUGGAGUCAAAACAUAUGACCUGCAGGUUCAGAAGUGGCUGUUUAAGAAGACCGUCCGUGAGCUCCACUACACCGGAGGAGACGCAGCGUUCCUGGACGAGGCCAUCAAGUACCUGGCCAUCAACAUCUACGACAAGAACAAGCGCGAGCAUGCGGGUCGCGUCGCCAUCAUCCUGACAGCCAGUGAGAACCCCCGAUCCAUGCGCGCCAUUCUCAAGUUGCUCCGCCGCAAAUCCAUCACCACUCUAACUGUGGCAUUGGGCCCUGGUGUGGAUAUGGCACAGAUCAACGAAAUCACCAAAGUCAGUCCAGAUAAUAGAGCCUAUAUUCUCAGCAGCACAGGGGAACUCAAUGACCGACUGUUAGAAGUUACCGAUUACCUUUGCACUCUAGGACUUGAACCUGAAGUAGACAAACCAAAAACUACUCUUACUACUACUACUACUACUACUACUACUUCUGCCACUACUACUACUACUGCUACUCCAAAUCUCCCCAAAAGUUCCACCAAACCAGCUGCUUUCUCCCCAACCACCUCUCCCCUCUCUCCUCUCCCUCCAACCAAAGAUCUCACAUUCAUCGUAGAAGGCUCAGAUGCAGUAGGUGAAGCAAACUUCAACAAAUCGCUAACAUUUCUCGAAGAAGUGAUCACUCAGCUCACACAGGAGAAAGAAGAGGUCAUCCGCAUUACCGUAAUCCAAUAUUCAGUGACAGUGACUAUUGAAAUUAGUCACUGGGAGAUCAGAUGGCAUAAGCAAAGACUUGUAGAGAGGUUGAGGGAGAUUCGCUGGAGAGGGGGAAAUAAGACCAACACAGGGGCUGCAGUUACAACAGUUUUACAGCAGAUGGCGACAGCUCCUCCAACUGGACCCACAUCUCCUCCGCAACUGGUGUUUCUAGUUACGGAAAACCCCCCGACUGACAUUAUACCUCGCCCGACCCACAAUACACAAACGCAUUUCUACCCUAUAGGAGUUGGGCCAAAAGUCAAGGAAAUGGACUUGUUCCCUCUCAGCUCUCCACAGCGCCCCCUGAUGGUAGAGCACUAUUUUAACCUCACAAACAUAGUCCAUCACGUGAUCAAUAUUACAAAGACUACAAUCUUGCCACGCUCUCCGACCCUCCCUCCUCUGGUUCUGCCCACGCUGCCCCCUUCAGUGCCAUGUGACAAGCCCAUGGACAUUCUGUUCUUGUUAAAGGCAGGGGAGCAGUUAACAGAUGCGAAAACCUUUGUCAAAACCUUCAUCAUGAAUGCUAAAAUAGGACCAAAGGACACACAAAUUGGUGUAAUACAGUACGGUGAGAAAAACACAGCAGAAAUAACCUGGAAACAGGAGCAGAGCAGAGAGGAGCUCCUAAGCCUGGUGGACAGAGUUCCCAGCAGGACCCCCGCACCUCCACAACUCGGUGCAGCUUUGCGGUUUGCCAUACAGACCUCCCUCUCCCCAGCCAGCGGAGGCAGAGCUGGGGCGGCUAAGAUUGUUGUCAUGGUGAUCCUAGACAAAUCCACUGAUGACGUCAAAGAAGCGGCUAACGAAGCUCUCGCUGCUGGUGUGUCUAUGUUUCCUAUUGGGGUGGGGCCAGGAUAUGACAGGGCGGAGCUCAGCAUGCUGGGUCACCAUGGUACCCAGGACAACAGCCUCCACCUGAGCAGCAUGGACCAGCUGCUGUUGCUGCUGACGCUGGAUCAUGGCUACACAGAGAGGAUGUGCAGAGCUGGUCCACCAGGAAUGUGUGUAGAUGAUAAUGGAACUGAAAGAAAGCCUGGAGAGUUGUGGCUGCUGGAGGAUGGCUGCCAUUCACUCCUGUGUCACCCCAGUGGAGCAGUCACCGUGCAGAGCCACAAAGUCAGCUGUGACAGCAUGGAGCCCCCGGCCUGUACCAACAACAUGCCUGCAGUCAGGGUCCAGGAGACAUGCAACUGCCACUGGGAAUGCCCAUGCAUGUGCAUGGGCAGCUCGACCAACCACGUGGUGAGGUUUGAUGGCCUGGCUCUUCGGUUGGACAGUGAGGGCCUUUGCUCCUACACCCUCCUAACCGUGAAAAAGAGUCUGGGUGAUUCGUCUGAGGUGAAACUACAUAACGGACCCUGCAGCCACCCCUCUGAGUACAAUCAAGUCUGCAUGAAAGCCAUAGAAGUCAUCCAUGGACCUCACACCAUCAUACUGAAAGAUGAUAUGACGGCUCUGAUGGGGCGUGAGGAGCUGGCUCUGCCUUGGAGACAUGCUGGGCUGGAGCUGGUGCGCUAUGGGGGCAUCAUGCUGCAGCUGAAGUCAGACCACGGCUACACUCUGACCUUUACUCCUCACAGCAACGAGUUCACCAUCACUAUGCUUAGCUCCAGUGCAGCCGGGCCCACCAAUGGACUCUGCGGGGCUUGUGGAGAGGAGCAAGCCAACCACCUCCACCUGCGUAACGGCAGCCUGACCUCAGACCACUCGGCCUUCAUGUGGGACUGGAGCAGCUCUGGAGGUGUGGAGGGCGAUGAGGGUGUCUGCGUGCCCAGGAAGAGGCUCCUGUGUGGCCUGGGAGUCUCAAUGGGCUGUCAAGCUCUCCGCUCUGAGGUGUUUGCUCCGUGUCACAGCGUGGUCCCAGUGCAGCUGUUCCUGUCCCGCUGUGAGGAGCAGGUGUGUGAGCAGUCGGACGUGUGUGAGGUGCUGACAGCCUACGCUCAGAUGUGCAGGCAGAAUGGGGCCUGUGUGCACUGGAGGGGCCCCCACCUGUGCCCGUUCCAGUGCCCCAGUCCGAUGGAGUACCACGCGUGUCGGAGCGGCUGUGUGGAGGACUGCAGAAGUAUACAGACUCUGGCAGAGGAGAGGAACUCGACCUCCUGUGUGGACACCCCCACUGAAGGUUGCUACUGUGCAGAGGGCAUGGUCCUCCACCAGGGUGUGUGUGUGUCACCAGACAGCUGUACCCAGUGUGUGGACCAGCAGGGGCACACACAUGCAUACAUGCAGUCUUGGGUCCCAGAGGAGAAUCCCUGCCUGAUCUGUUUGUGUUUAGACCAGCAGCGUAUCAACUGCACCGCCCGGCCCUGCAAUGACAUCAAAGCUCCUGUGUGUGGCCCAUGUGAGAUUCUGAGAGAGAAGAGGGAGUCCAAGUGUUGUCCAGAGUAUGAGUGUGUUUGUGAUCUAACAAAUUGCUCGGCGCCUGAAGUGCCUCAAUGUGAAGACGGUCAAAUCUUAGUUUUGAAAAACCCCGGAGAAUGUCAACCUGUGCAUGAAUGUGUCUGUAAAAAGGAGCAGUGUGAUCUCCAGCCUCCUCCCACUUGUCCACCAUACCGACAGCUGUCAGUCAAAAAAACCACAUGCUGUGAUGCGUUCGAGUGUAAAUGUAAGUGUCAGAACUCCACGCGAUCCUGUCCCACUGGCUUUAUCACGUCUACCUCCACCAAUGACUGCGGCUGCACUGUCACCACCUGUGAGCCAGACAAGGUGUGUGUAGUAGGUGCCCAGACUCACCCGGUGGGCAGUGAGUGGGAGGAUGGCUGUACCAAGUGUGUGUGCACACAGCAGCAGGAUGCCCACAGCUCCUUGUACGUGCCCCACUGUAGCCCGCGCACCUGUGACACCUCCUGCCCUCUGGGCUCCACAUAUGCUCCAUCAGACAGUGAGUGCUGUGGAAAGUGUGUAACAUCGAGCUGUGUGGUUUCACAUGGAGAGAUGAGAGGAGACACGCUGAUAGGAGCUCAAAUACGCUACGUGGGCGAGGUGUGGCCUUCUCCUCUGGACCAGUGUGUCCUACAGGAGUGUGUGAAGGUCCACGAGCAGGUCUUUGUCACUGAGAAGAACGUCAGCUGCUCUGCCAUGGACACUCCCUUCUGCCCCCUGGGGUCCGAGUUGCACUGUGCCAAGGAAGGAUGCUGCCCCUUCUGUCACUGUGUGCCUGUGGAGGCCUGUCUCUUCAAUAACACAUUGAUUGGACCUGGAGAGCACCUGAUGGUGGACCCGUGCACACACUGUGAAUGUCAGGUGGAGACAGAGGCAGUGAGGAAGUUCAAACUGUCGUGUAAAAGAACCAGUUGCCCCGAGUGUCCCAUGGGGUAUAGUUUGCAGAAGGAGGAGGGGGCGUGCUGUGGUCACUGUGUCGCCACCACCUGUUUUAUACAGAAGACUGAUGGAACUCUGAGCAGUCUGCCGGUGAACUCCACCAGAGAGGAGGGCUGUAACCUGUACUCAUGCAGCCUGAGCCCUCAAGGAGAUCUGGUUGCUCAGGUCAAAGUGACCACCUGCCCUGCUUUUGACUCACAGGCCUGUCACGAUCACGGGGGUACGGUCAGUCCUCUUGGAGACAGCUGCUGUGAGACAUGUGUGGAGCCAGAGUGCCAGAAGACCAAAGGAACCCUGAACUACAUCAGAGUGGAUGACUGUCAGUCAGAGCAACAGGUGGAGCUGCACUAUUGUGAGGGUAAAUGCCGGAGCCGCUCCCUCUACUCUCUGGAGCGUGGUGCAGUGGAGAAGGAGUGUGUGUGCUGCUCUGCUCUGGACACACAGGCUCUGAGCGUGCCUGUGGUGUGUGAUAAUGGGACCCGCAGCCUCCAAACUGUCCUGUCUGUGACCAAGUGCGACUGCGUGUCCAGGCACUGUGACUGAAGAUACUACACAAUGCUACAUAUUGUUAGCCACAUCACAUAUUUGCCUAAUUUUAGUGUUUAGUGGAACUAAACAUGAAAUCCACUUUUUUUCCACAGCUCAACUAUGUAUACGGUGUUUUAUAGCAUUAUCUAUUAAACCGCCUAACUCAAGAAUAUGAGCAGAGUCUGGAAAGUAGACUGAGAACUCAGUUUGGCCAAAAAAAUAUAUGAUUAUGCGAUGAGGCCCUCCAUAUACAAACAUUAUACAGCUCAUCAUAUACAGGAAUGAGCAGGGCCAUUUCCAUUUUGGUGGGGACUGUAUGCAAUGUGCUUGUUGAGUGCCCCAACAAAGAUUUUUAUGUUACGUUUUACGUAACGUUACUUCAAAAUUAUAUUAGUCAAGUAAAAGCACGUGGUAGUGGUCCAAGAAAUUAUUCAAGUAACUUAAAGUGUAACGGCGGGGACACAACAUCUGAUUUAUA